AUGUCCGCCCACAACGAACCCCAACAUACACAAACAUCCACCCCCGGCCUCCACCUCCUCCACACCACCUUCGCUCUCCCUCCGCCAUCCUCCUCGCAAAACCACCACUACAGCCACUCCCAAAAACCCGCUCCCAAAAGAACCACCACCACCACCCUGCUCACCCCCUCCACCUCGCCCAUCAUCUCCCCGCUCAGCUCCACAACCACCAGUCCAACCUCCUCCCCCAUCUCCAACCCGGAAUCCAUCUCCUCCACCUCCUCCGCCUCGCUAUAUUCGACGGCCUCCCCGCCCCCAUUCGCCUUCCACCGCUUACACUUCCCUUCCUCGGGGGCCACCACCACCAAGACCGAACCCAGCACCACCACCACCAAACCGCAAUACAAAUAUAACCCCCACCCACCCACCAAACAACGAGAUCUCACCACCCCACCCCUGAGUCCACAUUUAGUCCCUUUCACCCCGGCGCCGAGGACACCUACCACGCAGUGGCAGACGCAGUCACAGUCACAGCAACAGCCCCAGCACCAGCAGGACCAGGACCAGGACCGAGUCCUCCCACCCCUCUCCCUCCUCUCCCUCUCCCCCUCAUUCUCCCGAUCGUCAUCGCCCUCGCCCUCGCCCUCGCCCUCCCUAACACUGGGACCGGGACUGGGACUGAAUCCGCAGACUCAAACUCCUCGACCACUACAGCUGCACCACCACCACCACCAACUCAGACCAAGGAACCUCUCGAAAAUCGAAAAGGAGGUGCUCGAGGAACAAGGCCGCGCGGCGGGGGAUGCGGUGGAGCGGGUGGGGUUGGGAAUGUUGGAGCCCAGACCGUCGUUGCCUUGUACUGUUGCGGCGGGCGGGAUAGGGAUGAUCGGUAAGGGGGGCCUUGGAGUGGGAGGGGUAGUGGUGGCGUUCGAGGGGAUUGAGGAGGUGUUGGCGGGGUGA